UCAUGUACAUGGUUCGAGGGCGAACGGAAAAUAUGGCCGCCAUUUCUAAACAUAGUUACGUCGAAUAAGCGCUGUUUGGAGACACAACCAAACAGCUCUUGGUUCGAUAUUCUAUCUUAGUGAUCGUAACGUGCUUUAGAACCAUAAAUCGCUUCGAAUUGACGAGAGACCGCGGUUUGAACGCUAGGAAAAGAACACACAGACAUAGACGACUGGAAUGGCGACGCGUUGAUUUGUUUUCGUAGACGAAAAUAUGAGUACAGCGAAGAGAAAGAAGCGAAGCUCGAGGUAAGUUUGUUCAUAUUUGUACUUUUUUUUUAUCCUUCUGCAAGAGAAUAGGGUGGCGAGAAAAGAGAUUUUGAAUCCGUGCGCCGUAGCGCGACAAUAGUGUUGUGUUCGCAUGAAUUCGGCUGCACGUCGAUUACUAUUCUUGAGCGAUGCAAAACCAGUUACGUCCUAUUCUUUUCGAUUACGAUUUAAAUCUGAUAGAUGCCACUAAUAGUGAGGUCAAUCUGUUAUUUCAUCUGUUCUGGUUUUUGUACCUGGCGUGUAUUUAGUCUUUCCUCACUGCAAGGUUAAGAAAUUGUAUGGCAUAUGUAUACCUCAGCUUUUUCCGGUGUGCAUUUCCGAAUUGUAGCGUUUGGAACCCCUUCGAUUUUCACUCCCCGCGAAGCAUAAAACUGUAGCUGUUCUCAGCAAUGGUAUAAACAAACCCCACCAGCCGGCUGAGUUAAAUUCACCGCCACGAUACUGUGAAGCGACUGUAGAAAAGGGUGGCAGAAAGACAAUUUGCAUUAUUUGACAUCGCUACAGACGCUGUGCGCGUACCGCGUGAAACCCGCGAAAAGGGCAUCAUUUUAGCUCGUUCAAUCGUUUUAAUUCCAGUUAUUCUGCUUUGAAAACUGAACUUCGAGACAUUCAGAUCACAGGCCUGAUCGAUUAAACUUCCAAUUUUCAAUUGUGUUUUCCAUGUUGGUGUUUUCGACUCUUAGUUUAAGCUUAUAUUCGAUGCUUUACGCAACGCCCGAUAAAGUGCCGUAUAUCUUAUGAUGACCUUUGACAGCAACGACAUACUUUUACUCUUUUAAAGCAAUGAAGUAAACUUGAACGCGCAAAAGGAUGAAGCGGUGCUUUAAUACCAUGAUAAGUAACGACGGCAUAAGUUCGUGCUCGGUUUAGUCGCGGCCGAUCAAAGAAAGUUGAAAGUCGAGUUUUCUUUUCGGCCCAAAAAAACUCUGAAUGGGCUGGUGGGCGAUAGAAAUUUGCGUUGAAAAUCAUCGAGUAUGCCUUCUUCGACAAUGCUUUAUUUUUUCUUAAAUCUUCUGAUAUAAGAUUGUGGAAGUGAUUUCGUCAGACCUUUAGAGUUAACUGCAGCGAAAUAGCGCUUUUGUUAUUUGGAGCCCAGCCCGCCAUGUUUGUCUUUCAGAGAUUCAGGGUGAUCGACCAAUUUUAACCCUCGAUGCACGAAAUCAUUUUCUCGCGUCCCGGCCGACAUAUGAACAUGUUUUGUGAUGAUUUAGAUAGUUCAAACCUUGGAGGAACGUUUUGUAUAGUUUUUAUGGGUAUUUGCCUCAUAUUUUACGCGUAUCGAGUCCUUUCAUCCUUCGUCUUCGCGGUCAUAAUAAUUUACGACGGGGGAAUACAUUCUCGAGACAAUCUAUAUUAUUCCAAGCGUUUUGUUGCGGUUUUCAACAACCUGUGCUUGACUGUUAAGAACUCCUCGAAUUUUCUAACAAGCGAAAGAUUUUAGAGUAAAUUUUUACAGAUAGGGGGUCCAUAACAAGAGAAAAAAAGGCGCGCUUACUCAUUACCCCUCCAACAUUUUUCAAAUGUUUGAAGCAAUUUACAUAUUCACCUGGCUGUCAAAAUAAUUCGUUCUUUUUGUGUUUCAUGGAUAAUACACAUGGCCUUUAUCUUUGGCGUGUUUCAAUUGAUUCUUAUGCAAAUUGUAAAUGGAGGUUUAGCUUGGGAUGGAAAAAGUUAUUCCGUGAUUCACAACCUAUGUUUCUUGUCACGGAGGCUUCGUUUGCCGCAGAGCGCGACUUCAACGUUUUCUAGCCUCCCUAGUGUGUGUGUGCUGCUUAAAUUCUCAUUUUGCCAUGGUACUUUAAGGAAAAAAUAAACAUCUUUUGUUAUUUGCUUCUUGAUCAAUUUUAUCUGUUUACGAAUUUUCACGUUGAAGGAAAAUGGCUGCGGUUUUUGUUUUUUGUAACCCUAUUUGUCUAAGCGAGAGGUCGAGUUUUUUUUUGUUCCGAAUUGAAAACCAUCCUUUUCCUGAGUUUAUCAUGAAAAGGAAAACCGUUAGAUGGACAGGCAUCAAGUACCAUUAAUUAUCAAGAGGAAACGUAGUAUUUACAUACAUCGGAUUUCGCCGAUUUCUCAUUUGAUUGUUAUCAAGAUUUCACUCAAGUUCAGAUUGCACGACAAAUGAUUUAGCAUUCAUCAAGGGCUAAAAAUUACUGUACUUUCGGGGAUGAGUCUCGAGAAUCACUUAAUGUUUGACAUGUUGGCCAUGUGAGAGAAUGUGUGUUGACAGCUUAAGGAACAGUACGCUUGAAGAAUUUAAAUAAUUUGGUUCAGCCUCUGGUCUGGCAGCCAGACAUUAAUUACUUUGCCAAGUGCUCCUUCAGUUACAGAGGUACACUUUCUUAUGGCAAAUUACAGUUUUUGUUGUCAGUGAGGUUUCCGCGAGCUGUUUUCACAUGCAUUCAUACAUACCGUGCUUGUACUUGUGACCAAGACAACAUAACCACAGCAUUAUUUUAAGCUUUUAGCCUUCUCGUUUAAGCAGCUUAACCCUAACCCCGAACACAUCAUCGCAGAUGUCUGGGAAUUUCCAUUUAUUUUCAUUAUUUUUUUUAUAAACAAUAUUCUUAGAAUUGUUUUCUUUCCUUAAAAAAUAUCUGAACUGAAUGCAAUGUUUGGUAGAACCACUUUCUAAAAAACAAUUUUAUUACACCAGGCAGUAAAGACUGAAUUCAGUUGUUAGACAAGGGUUUUAGCAGCUGUGGAAUAGGACCAAGAGUAUCUUUGGCCACUGUUUAAAAAUAACCUUGGCAAUUCAAAUUUUGUGAGGGAAAGCUUAGCAAGAGCCAGAGAAUUAUCUGAUAUCUAUUAGGCAAUGAACAGCCUGAAAGAUAAAUUGUUUUGGUAUUUCUUGAUUGAUAAAUAAUUGUUUAUGUUUUGGUUUUUACGUUGGGGAAAAAAAAAGAAAAAAAAAAAAAGAACUGUCAUCCCUUCUUAUUUUUUGUCUUUUGCUCACUUAACAAUGGGCAUCAUUAAGUAUUUUGUGCAAUUUUCAAAUUCAUUUAAUCCACCCAGGCCUCCUUGAAUGGUACAUUUAUUUUCCAAAAGCAAUUAGCCAUAGGCAGUAACACAUCACAUGCAAACUUGACAUUUGUGCGAGGAUUCUACCACUGACCUUUAGCAAAAGUACUCUUGUGUUUCAAAAUAUCAAGACAGUUCAUACCAAGGAACAAGAGCAUAAAUUUGUUUUUCUGAAAUUUAUAAGUCUUUUUUAUAUUACCAAGCUAUUAUUAACACAAGAAUUUGUUUUAAUUUUUCUUUUCAGCCUCAAAGGCUCCUUGAAUCCAUCUAAACGGCAUCGUGACCGUUUUAACAUUGAGCUGGAUAACCUAGCAAAACUCCUGCCAUUUCCCCAUGAUGUGAUCCAGAAAUUAGAUAAACUGUCCAUUCUGAGAUUGUCUGCCAGCUACCUCAGAGCAAAAAACUUCUUCAAAGGUGAGGGUAUUGGAAACAUUGUAAUAUUAUCCAACUUUGUGAAUGAUAUACUCCUGUUCAAUUUGACAUUUUUUACCUAGUGGUUCUUUGGUCAAAGUUAUAAAAUGGUUUGUCCAUUUGAUCCAUAUUUUUUCUAAUGGUAUGUGAAGAAUUGUACACAGUCAGUUUAGAGAAUCACCAUUUUGAUCUUGGGACAUUUAUUAUGGCAUUUGUUUGAUUUUUGCUUUAUAGUCAGCUGAUUCCAGGUCAUUGUAGAAUUUAAAAAAAUUGCAGGUUUCAAAUUUGUGUUUUGUACACAAUCUGCUAGAGUAAAUUUUUAAAUCCUAAUAAUGAUGCAUACCUCAUUUGCUUGUUUUGGAAAACUGCAAAAUUUUAUUCCUGGCAAAAAUAUCAAAUGCUUCCCAUCCAAAAAGUAAAAGAUGAAAAAACUUUACAUUGUAAAGAGUAUUAUUGAGAAGAGCCAGGUUGACAUAACAUGAAUUUGCAUUUCUAGACAAGUUUUGUGUCAAGCAAAAAUUGUCCCCUUAAUUGUUAAAUCUGGUUCUUCAAAAGAUAUUAUUUGCACACUUUUAGGACUAUUGCUGACAGUCAAAAGAUUGGAAAAUUCUGAUUUUUCAUACAAAUUGAUGAGAAACAUGGGACAAAAAUACUUAUUAUUGUAAUAUUUAUUGUAUGUCAUUGCGAAGAGUUUGGCAAUCUCUGGUCAAUUUCUGGAAUUGGAAUAUUUGAUCAUGAAAUGUAAUUUGUGGAACUAGAGGCAACUAAGGUAGUGGAUUCUGCCUAGUAUUGUCUAAAGUCCUGAUACCAGCCAUGCAAGUGUAAUCCUAAGGAUUUUAAGUGGUUUUUUUUUCAUUUUUUCAACGAAACUAUGCAUAUCUAUCUAGAUAGUUUGUGAAAUGUUAGAUGAACCGGCUCAGAUAUUGGACUUACGGAUCAAACCUAAAUUUAGUUAUUCCUCAACUGAAUUCAAUUUUUUUUUACAGGCCAGCAAUGGACAGAGGAAAACAAAGUUGGUAAACUUUCUGAUGGACCACCAGAUUUUGAAGGCAAUGGAAUAUUUUCUAAGCUUUUACUAGAUGUAAGUCCUGUUUUUGUUUAGAUCUUAAUAUGGACAGAUAUUCAAAUAUAUUUAUAUUUUUUAUGUUAAAUGAAUGUGACUGUUGUUGAAGAUAUAUUAAUUAUAACACUUCAAGUUAAUCUCUGCAAGGGAACUAUAUGUAAAAAUAACAUUUGUGGGUAAGGGUUGGUGGUUUUGAAUUCUUCUUUCAAAACAGUGAAAAUGAUAUAGUUAAGUAUCUAUUAAGCACUUGUAUCUCGGAAGAUAGCCAGAUGACCAUUCAGUAGAGGUUAACUCAAAAAGAGGUUGGCCAAAAUUUAGUGCAUUGUGAUCCAGAGAGUAAUUUGAUGACACAAUUCACAUCUUAUCUCAGACAACUACUAACAAUGAUAUGAAAUAUAUUUUAAGUAUUUUUAAGCUCACAUGUAGCCAACAGAUGUUGUGGUGAACAGUGUUGAGUCCAAAUAAAUUAUCUUUGUGUAGUGAUUCACUGUACCUUGCUCAGAGCCAACAGGUUUUGAUAUAACCACAAAGAAUGAACUCUUGGUUAACCAAACCAGUCACCUUUCUCAAUUUUAAUUUGAUAAGAUGACCAUUCAAUAGAGAUGGAUUUGAAUGAAACUUGAGUGAGUGGGCUGUUUAACAGAUGUCCAAUUUACAUGUACAGUGAAUAUGUGAAACACAUUCAGAAAUAUGUGGAUUAACUGCUUUAUGAAAGGUGACCUUGGCUGGUAAUAUUAUGUGCUCUUUGAGUGGUAUAAUUAAAAAUUUAAUUUGGCAUUUAGGCAUGGGAAUUUUAUAUCUACACUUAGUAAUGCAUUUGGUUAUCUUGCUACACAUGUAUCACUGUCUGUUAUAAAAAUAUUUUUGCAUUUUAUUUUUCAGGCUUUGGAUGGUUUUGUCAUUGUGUUGACAAGAGAGUUUGAAGUAUUUUAUGCAUCUGAAACUGUUCAAGAUUAUCUUGGCCUAGCACAGGUACACCUUACUAGUUACACCCAAGGGCAGUUCUUUAGCUGCCAUGAAUUGUAAUUCAAAGACCUGUUGUAGCUUACCUUCUCAGAAUAUUUUCCUUCUUCCCCUGCCCCUGUCAAUGUUAUUGAAUCUCUUCCACCCAAAUAUACAUUCCGAUAUUUUUUGAGGGGAAAAACAUAUGGUGAUGUACAGUAAAAUUAGAAUGCAUCAGUCUUAGUUUAGUUUAGCCUUAGAAACAAGACUAAUAGUUUCCUAGUUCUUUCAAGAGUUUUUUCCAUGAUUACAGGUGCUACAGGCAUCUAACUUUUCUGUUUUGGCAACUUGAAUGAUAUUUUUUCUUAUCACAGUGAAAACUUUUUAAGAGCUGUGCAUUUUUGACUUCAGGGUUAUUAGGCAACUGACGAUUUCCCUUAGAGCAGAGCUUUAAUGUCUGAGUAAGACUUUUGCCUCUCAGUAAAACCUUUUGCUCUAAGUUUUUUUUUUCUUUCCUGAAGUUUGUCACCCACAGGCACAUUUAUGUUUUGAUAGUAGUACAUUGCUUUUGGCCUGUUUUCUGUAAUGAAAUCACACCCAAGGCUUAGGAAUUUUACUCUGCAUGCGGUAUACUGCUCUUAAUGGUGACGUUGAUUGAUAAAAAUGAAAGUCAUGUAACAAAAGGGAAAUUUGGAAACUUAAAGAUCAUUAUCUUUUAUGUAUUUGUAUGUUAAUAAUUUUUUUAUUAACAGCUCCAGGUGCUAUGAAGCUUUCCUUAGAAAUUGUGGCUUGUAGAAUUUUGAAUCAUCAAGUGUUUCAUUUUCUGAUCAUCAAUGUGGUAAUAUAAAGCAGCGAACUAUUUAUUGUGACCUCCUGUCUCUGAGAGGUUAUUUCAAGUUUAGCUUACAACUGCUGAAGUGUGUAUAUCAAUGAGUGAAAGAAUUUUGUUAAUAGUUACAAUUCAUCCCAUUGUUCUAUUUUUUCCUCUUUUGACAUCUGAAUGAUUCAUUGAUUUUGUAAUUAAGUUUUGUCAUCAGGUGCAUUAUCAUUCCAGGAUGUAUAUUAUUAUGUUACUACUCACAGGGUUAUUUCUGGUUCAGUGGUCUUCAUAUAAGUUUUCAAAGAGCUUUUUCCAGAACUCCUACUCUUGAACUUGAAGGAAUGCAAUCAAUAAACAAUAGAUUGAUUGAACAGUUCUCUUUGGCUUCCUAAAAUAUCACACAACUAAUUAUGUUAAAUCUACUAGAGACAGAUCAAUGUGACAGUUUAAAAAAAGCAACUCUGAAAUACAGUUUUAUUCCAACUGCACGUGUUAGGAUAAAAUUUGAUCUGCAUUAUUCUCAAAGGUCCACAUUUAAAAUUGAUGAGAAUUUUUGACAUUUUUUGUCUAUUAUGCGGCUCUCUCACAUACCAUACAUCACCAAGUCAUUACAUACAGAUCUGUGGAAGAAAAACUUGUGUUAACUUUUAUAUAAUGGCUUUCAUCAAAAUAUUUUAUUCAGCAAUUGCUUAUAUUUUGUGCCUCAAGUUAGUGAAAUCUUCUUAGUUGUUUUGUACCUUAGCAAGUUACCUGAGUUUUCCAUUGCCUUCUAUUCUCAUCAGUGUUGAAAUUUUAGUCAACUCAUAGGGGCUGUUUACAUAUAUUUACACCAGCUGUGUAAUGUUUCAAGAUUCUUGCACGUCCUCUUGAAGCUGAACCCCUCCUCUCCUAUAUAUCAGUGUCAAUUUUCCACACUGUUGUGUAAUUUAAACUCUAAGAAUUUAACAUUACUCAAGCAGAGUUUAUUUUUGUUUUUUUGGUUACAGUAUUUCUCAUCACCUUUCCAUGGGACUUUGUAUUGAUUUUGAAAGGAGAAAUCAGUGGGGGGCAAUUACACAUGCUAGUUCAAGGGUGAAUGAAGGUCGACAGCAGCACUGAAGCUUUUUUUGAAUUUUCACUCCUGAAAUAACUAUUGAUUUUUAUUUUUGCUUAAAAAAGCUCUAAUUAUUUUGUCUAACUUCUUCUGCUGCAGUUUGUUAUUACCCCUUAUGUCUUGGCAGCCUCAUCAUAUUGAUGUUUUUUAGAAUUAUUUUGAAACAACUUUAAGUACAAGGUUUUGGCCACUAAUUCUGGAUUAUUUGCUCAGUGACAAUAACCCUUUAUCUCUCACAAGUGGUUAACCAUUAACUUCUCCCAUCAUAUCCAUACACUGUCUAGCAAACAGUUUAUGACUCAUCUUGAUCUAACACCAAAUUCUUUGAACUAAUUUACAAGGAAAUAUAUAGCAGCUAGAGGAGAGAAUUUACAAUCAGAUCUUGGGAGUUUAAGGGUUAGAUAGCAGAGAGUACCUCUACUAAUUAUGUUUGGAGGACAGCAAGAAGGGAAAAAAGGGAAUUGUCAACUAGUUCUUUUUGCCAAAUAUCUUAGAACUCUUUUUUAUUUUAAAAAGAACAUGAGAGAUGAUAAGUUUUGAGCUUGGUAAAGAAGUGGAGAAAGGUAUUUUUUGUCUUAUCAUGAGUGUUGGAAGAGCAUCAGAGUGUGGAAUCCGAAGGUCUGAGGUUUGAUUCCUCAUGGGGACUCAGAAUUUUCUUCUUUGUCCCACACUUGUGAUUAGACAAAAAUACCUUUUCUAUUUCUUUACCAAGCUGAAAACUUACCAUCUCUCUUAUUAUUUCACAAAAAUGGUGCUAUCGACUUCCCUGAUCCUAGCAGUAUGUAGGACGCAUGCCAUAAUUAUAUGAACUUUGUGAUGGGCUUUGCUCAUCACCUCUGUGUGGCUUAGUUAUAGAGUAUUAGAGCACAGAAUCCGAAGGUCUAAUGUUUUAUUCCUCAUGGGGACUCAGAAUUUUUUUUUGUCCCACACUCCUGACAAGAUGAGAAACAUCUUUCUCUUUUUUCUCUUCUUGCUGUGCAGAAGUCCCAAGUCCACUUUUUAUGUAAGACUCUGAGAAAGUCUACAUGUGACCUGUUUUUUAUUCAUUUCUUUCUUUCUUCUUCUUUUUUUUUUUUAAAUUUAUAUUUUUUUCAGGCAAGUGUCAUACACCAGGACUUUUUAAGAUUUAUCCAUGUUGAUGAUCACGAUCUCAUUAGAAAAAAUCUUCUCCCUUUCCCUGAAGAUGAAGAAGAACAGGUUUGUUUUGUUGUAUUUUCCAUAUUUUUUCUUGCAAUGUCUUUAAAAUUUUUAUUGUAAUUCAUCAGCUCAUUGAAUAAGACUGCACAAAAAUCUUGUAAUGGUAUUUCACAUGGCAGAGUCUCUGUGACCCAAGUGACAGUAUCAAAGUAUGAAAUGCAAAGGUCCAAGAUUCAAUUCCUCACAAGGACUACAAUUUUUUUCUUUGUCUAAUGCUUAUGACAGGACAAAAAAAAACAUUCUCUAUAUUGCCCGUGUUUUGAUUAAAUUCUUCAUUGUCAAAGCAAUAUCUAGACUUGGAACCAAGUUUUUAAUUCAAAAGAGAAUUUUCCUCUGCUUUAUCUGUGACAAAACCUAAAUUUUAAUUGUGGGAAGAGUGAAAUGUGGUUUUUCUCUUGAGAGUGUCUUUGCCGCUGUAUGUUUUUUAGAACAGGUCUCUCUGUUUUCAGAGCGGGUGAUGUUUGUAGUGGGAAAAACAGGAAGCAAUCGAGAGAAUUGUAUUUUACCUCAUUCAUGACAAUUCAACUUCAAGCUUAAGUUUUCUCUCUAUUUUUUUGUCUUUCUCUUUAUAAAUUGCACAGUUUACCUGCAGAAUUUUCUUUUUACUCUUCAAGCCUUUUUUUUAAAUUGGUUCUAUAUUGCAAAAAGGUUUCCUUUCAAACAAAAACUUAUAUUGCAUUGUACAAAGUACCUCAAUUGUGUGACGUGUCUGCGGUUAAAAUAGUGGUUUUGAUAUUGAUAUUGUGAAGCACUAUGUGUAGAGAGAGGUUUUAGUGCCUCGGUGAAUUCAGUAAGUUUAGCCUCAGGACUUUUUGGUGAUUGGUAAGUUAACAUUUUAUGAUUUGCUUUUUUUAAUGUAGAAAAUAAGAAUUCUUGAUGAAGAAAAUGAUGGGAUUGCUUCUGAGACUGGCAGCACAUGCAGCUCAGGUAUGAUGCUGGUUCUUUGUUUUUCUCUUACUUGUGAUAUUUUUACAGUGGGUUUUAAGUGCCCUCAUGUCACUUUUUUUUUUGAUUUUAUUGAAAAUAACAAGUUAUGGCAGGUUGUCAUCUUCAACAAAUCAGAAUUCUCAACUGGAAUCAUGCAGAUCAUAUUUCUUUGCAAUUUGUAGGAGUUGCAAUAUGUUUGAAGUAAAUGGCAAAAACUGCAAUGUAGGCGGCAAAUAAAAGUUCAGUUUUUUAAUCUAAUAUUGAUUCAGGGGAAAGGUAGUUGUGAUUUCACUUUAUAUCUAUGGACAAUUUUGCCAGUUGCCUGCUCCUACUGAAACAUUUGGAUAUGAUGAGGUUCUCCUGGUAAAAUCUAUUGGUAACUUAAUUUUAUGGUUAUGCUCCUAUGUAAAAUGUCUUUUUUUAUGUCAGCAGAUGAGCAAGGCAAGGAUGUGGAGACAGAGAGAUCUUUUGUUUGCAGAAUGAAAUGUAUUCUAAACACCAGUGCUGGCUUUUUCAAGGUACUUGUCCUUUAAUCAAAGCAUUGCUUUGAUGGCCCAUAAUAAUCAUUAAAAUGUGAAGUUUUCAGUGUCUGAACAAGAUAGCUCAUCAUUCAAAAGCUUUUCCUCAAUUCUGAAGCAUGAUUCAAUUGGCCAUUUUACAGCUGUGGAUUUUGUUGCCAAGCCUUUGAUUUGGAGUGAGGCUGAAGAUGACCAUGUUGUGAUAGAAACCAGUUUCUACUUAGCAUGAAAACAAAGAACCUUUGAAAGCAGCAAUGUCUGUAUCAUAACAAGGUCACCCUUAGCCUCACUCCUGUUCAAAGGCCUGGCAACCAAGCACACAACUGUAAAAUAGGCUAUUUGAAGGAUUGCCCUCAUUCCAUUACAAUUCACUGGUCUCUCCACCCCUGGGUGGAGAGACCAGUGAAUUGUAAAUUGGAAUUGGGUGGAAAGGGAGCAUUGUGUAAGUAAAGUGUCUUCCUCUAAGAACACAGUGCAAUUACCUAACUGAGGCCUUUGAUCCAGGUUCCAGUGUACCAACCAUGCUGCCUCUCCGUCUUCCAUUGAAGUACUUGUUGAAAUCACUCUAUAAUCAAAGUACAAUUUUGAAAGAUGUGUACUCAAAAUUUUGAUUUAAUUCUUCAGCCAUUCAGAUGCAGUGGACGUUUACGUGAAAUGACACUUCCUGACUGUGAAAGAAGAGAGUAUGGGCUGUUUAUGAUUUGCACUCCUCUGGAAACGGUGUCAUCAUCAGUGCUUGAAAUAAGAUUAAAAACAUCGCUGUUCUGCACCAAGAACAGAAUGGAUUUAAGUUUCAUGGAUAUUGACCAAAAGUAAGGAAAACCUACUAAGUAUCCAUAGAAGGGUUAUUAUUUUCAAUGAAAGACUCACUGUUACAAUAACACCUUUUAGUCUAUACUUUCUGUCGUUGAAACAGACCUUAACAGAAUGUUAUUCAUCAACACAUCAACACAAUUCCCAGCAGAGUUUCUUUGACUUGAAAACACUAUGUGAUUAUCUGUUCUGUUAGGGUGGUGUGAUUUCUGCUUUUAGUCAUGUUUGAUGUGAUAACUUCCUCAUAAAGGUGUUUGUUAAUGUGUGAAUUUUUUUGGUGACAGAGGCCGAUCACUUCUUGGUUAUCAUAAGAGAGACAUUGCCUUGCAAUCAAGUUACUGUAUGAUCCAUUUCGAUGAUAUUCCAGUCCUGAAGACACUUCAUGGUGACUGUAAGUGCUUCAGAAGUUUAUUGGUCUAAUUCUGCGAGGGUAAUUUAGGAUUAUUAAGGAGGUGAUGAUGGAAAUUGGCCACAGCAAAGAGUUUCAAAGCUUCAUCAGAACCCUUCAUUCAUUUUCUCUGAAGAAGGGCUGACACUUAAAAUGUCAGCUUUUAAACUCUUUACUGUGGACAAUUUACAUCAUCAACACCUUGAUAAUACUGAAUUACCCAGUUAUACUCUCCCACUGACACACCAUAGUUUCCUUAGAAACCUGCCCCUUUAUUAAUUCUCAUAGGAUUUGAUAUGCAAUGUUUUUCAAAGGUUAAUUGAAUGUUAGUGUGUGGACAUUGAUUCCAGGAGCAAUCACUUCAUAAGUUAUUCAAGCAGUGACCAGAGACAUUUUUCCUUAUAUUAUCAAUUGUUACACUAUCAACUUAAAAACAUGAUAAGAAGGAAGAAAACUACUGCAUCAGCUUGUGGUUGUAAUUCCGUAUCAUGAGAGCUAAAAGUGUAAGGAAUGGAUAGAACUGAUAGUUAGAUCCAUGAAAGAGAGACACUGGAAAUGAGAAGAAGAAAGUAAUCUAUCAACUUAAGGUUGUAAUACGACAUUCUGGUAGCUUAACCCUUUAACUCCCAUGAGUGACUAUAAGAGAAUUUCUCCUUGCAAUAUCAAUACAAUAUCAAGCAGACAAGUGAUGAGAAAAGGGAAAAUAUCAAUUAGGGGAUUAUAAGUUGAUCUAAUACCAUAUUCUCCAAACCAACAUUACAAGAAUUGUAUGGCAGACAGUAAGGAGAAUUACUAGUGAGAUCUUGGCAGUUAAAAGGGCUAAAGGUAUAUGAAAUGGAGAUACUAGGAAUUGAUGAUUAAUUCUGUGGGAGAGAGAGACAGGUAAUGAGAAUGAAAAAGUGUUUUCUAAAAGAUAUUGUUUGUACUCUGUAGACAAGCCAAAAAAAAAAAAUAAAAUGACAGUGUGUUCAGGAAAUAGAAGUACCUUUCAUAUCUUGGGAGUAAAAAGCCUCCCUAAGCAGCAAGUUGAAGUCACAGAACUUCAUGGAUUUAAUUACUGGUUGAUGACUGUUCCUUUUAGUGAUGAGCACUGGGAAAUGUCAAGGGACCUUCCGUAUGCUGAAUAAAAACUUAAAGUGGCAAUGGCUUACUGGCACUGCACAGGUUGUGUUCAAAGGAAGUGAGCCUGAUUUCAUUAUUACAACAAACAGGCCCUUGAGGUAGAGUGAUAUUCUAGUUUUUUUUUGUUUGUUUGUUUGUUUGUUUUUGGUUUUUUGGGUUUUUUGGUGUGGUGAAACCAAAAUCAGUGUAAUCACAACAAUCAUAACAAGAAAUAUCAUAUAUCAUGGUGCAAAAAUCAGGGCACAAAAAUCAGGGCACAAAAAUCAGCGCACAGAAAUCAGGGCACAGAAAUCAGGGCACAGAAAUCAGGGCACAGAAAUCAGGGCACAGAAAUCAGGGCACAGAAAUCAGGGCACAGAAAUCAGGGCACAGAAAUCAGGGCACAGAAAUCAGGGCACAGAAAUCAGGGCACAGAAAUCAGGGCACAAAAAUCAGGGCACAAAAAUCAGGGUACAGAAAUCAGGGCACAAAAAUCAUGGCACAAAAAUCAGGGCACAAAAAUCAUGGUAUAGUGGUGAGAGGGUGUGCCUCCCACCACCACACCACAGGUUUGAUUCCUGGACCUGGUGUCAUUUGUGCAUUUAGUUUGUCGGUUGGUUCUCUUCCUUCCUUUCUCUUGAAAAGCAAAUACUCUGAAUUCCAAUUAGACUUGCAAACAGAGGACAGGAACAGCCACCUUGUGGAAUGCCAGCUGCUAAAUCCCAGUUGUUAUCCUAUCCCAUUUAUAAGGAUAAAAUGUAGCCUCAAGGUGAAAACAAGUAGACUAUCUAUGAAAAUAUAUCUGCUUGUGACUCUGUUGCUCAUUUUUUUGCAAGAGGUCUCUGUAGGAAACCAUCACCACCUAUUACAACAGGAUUACAGAAUUUGUUUACACCACUUGAUUCACAUUUCCUAUUUUUUUUUCCCAGUGAAGAGGAAGGUGAAGAAAUUUUACGACAGAGGGGGGAGUUUCCUGCCUUGCCUUUUACAGCAAGUGAUAGUGGCUCACCAAGUCCUCGUAGUCCUAGAAGUCCGGGUAGCAUUAGUAAUUACAGCAAUGGUGGCAGCCCCCUAGGUGUUCCAUGGGGAGACUUCUCUGCCACCUCUGACUUCAAAUACCCACCUAUGCCUGCGUCACAUAAGUAUUCUUCUACCAAUGGUAGAAUAAAAAGAAAGAAUGUUCCUGAUGGAUUUGUGAAAUCUCCUGCCAGUGGUAAGUGUCUAACACUUUUUUUUUAGUUGAAAAUCUCCCAAGAUUUUGACUAACCAUAAGUAGAGUUAAAUACUGGUACAAUUCUUGUUAAGCUGCUCAAUUCCAUUUUUUUUUGAUAAAUCUUCAUCUAUGAUAUUUAAAAGGAAGUCCUCCUGGAAACAUAAACAAGAAGAUACGUACAGCCAAACGGAUCUUAAACACCAACUUGGGUUAAAAUAGUCAACCAGCUGGGUUUCAAUAUAACUUGAAAUCAACUGUUGGCAACCAGACUUUAGGUUCCAGUCACCAGCAGGCUAUUGAAAUAAAGUAAUAUCAGUGUUCUGUAAGAAAAGUAGGGCUUAAAUAUGAAAUAACCAUGAUUUUUUUUUUUUUUUUUUUGGGUGCACUUUUGUACAUUCAACAAGUGAUUGUGUUAGAUUGGUUUAGAAAAAAUGUUUCUUAAAACUUUGAGUUUUUUAACAUCAUUAUUUGGUUAAAAAUUUUUAAAUGGUGUUCUUUUUGUGAACUCUUUUCUAAAACAGAUCAUUAUUUUCAGAAAAAAAUGUAUUUAUGUACAUUGUGGCUUCAGGCUCCAAGGAAAACACUUUUUUCAGUUUUUCAGUUGAUAAUAGCAUUUUACCCCUUAAAUCCAUGACGUUAUAAAUGUGGGUUUCUUUUCCACAGCCAACUGCCUGCAAUGUUUAGUUAUUGCUUUUUUGCUGCUGUGUCAUCCAUACGUAUUGCUGCCAGUCUCGCUGUUGCUGAACAGCAAAAUGGGGAUGAAAGUUGCUGCUUGUCCCUUUUGUCCCCCUCCCCCACCACCCACCUCCUCUUUGUGGCAUUUGUCAGUGAAACCUGCAUUCAAAGAUGAAUUAAUUUAUUUUGGAAUGCUGUUUACUUAUGAAAUCAGACUUUCAAAACUUCCCUCUGUAUAAAAUCAACAAAGUAGACAUUCCAGAAAAUUUAUUAUGCUUUGCAGGUUUCUCUGCAACUCUUAUAUAUGCGAUCAAAAUUUGGCUUUUUUUAAAAUUGCACUAUUUCAAUGCAUCCACAAGACAGUUAAAAUCCUUGUCACCAUGUCACAUUUCAUCUGAUUGAAAAUGGACACUUUUAUGUAUUAUUUAAAUUUAAACAGUGCUUGAUUACAGCCAAAUUCCUUGGAUUAUGCUCUGCAAUUUGCAAGCUUAACAAACACAUUUUUGCUGUUCUGUUCUGACAGUCCUUUGUGUGUGAGUUACAAGCCAAGGUAGUAGCUCUGCUUCACCUUCAGAGCUUUUUAUCGGAAAGCAAGAAACGCACAACUGAGAUUGACUUGGCUUGUUUAAGUGAAUUGCAAUGACAAUGUCUUGCUGAUCGUUUAUGCCCUCUCUAAAUUACUUCACCUGCAGCAGGUGAAACUGGCAGAACAAGAUAUGCAUGAUUGUAUUCCCUUCUUCUGCUCAGAUGAUGACCAGAACAAGAAGGAAAAAUUAGAAAAAGAACAGAAUCCCUCCAAGUUUGCAAGAGGCAAAGCAUGAUAAAACAAAUGUGGCUGUAUUAUUUGCUUGGCAAUUUUUUGCCACCCAUCUUAGUUGCUGGCUUUUUUGUCGUUAGGCUCGGCUCCUAAUCCCAUGCUUCAAGAAGGUGACUUGAAUUCGCCGCUGCUGCAGCAGCAUCCGUCGUCCCCAUUUCUUGCUGAUGCUCUUUUGAGUUCCGCUACCUCUUGUACUUCUACACCUAUGACUCCCGAGGAGCCUGAGCUCUUCGACCUGGGUGUAGACAUACAAGCGGAACUUGAAAAAGACGCUCCUGAACUCAGUGAUUUCAUGCUUCUUGACCCACAAGGUAAGAUGACCUUGUGUUGCACACACACUUUCUUUUUUUCUCUCUCUCUCUCUGCAACUUUCUUCCUUAUCUUCUCACUGCUUGCUUCUCUGUGCUGCAUCUUUUGUUUGUUGCAAACCUAAAAAGCAUAAGAUAAAGUGCCCUUAAUCUCUUUUAAUUCUAAUUAAUUUAACUUCUAAUCCUAGUUAGUAUAAAUAUUGUUUCUACAUGCAUAAUCUUUAACCUUUAAUAGCAAAGCACUGAGUAAAAUAAAGGCAGUUUUUCAAUGACUUUAAGGUAAUGGCAAAUAAUUUGUUGCAAUAGGGAAAAAGGCAUACUAUGUAUUUGUAUUGUCUUUUGUUUACUUGGUCAAACACAAAACUCAACUUGUUAAAACCAAAUUGGCUCCCACAACAACUUUUUCAGAUUUUCAUGUUUGGAUUAGUGUUUUUACUCUGCCAUUGGAAUGCUGCUUUAUAGUUUGUUUGUUUGUUUGUUUGUUUUCAAUGUUAUUGUCAGCAGAGAUAACUUCAGUUAUUGUAAUUUUGUGUGGGGGAAGUGGUCACCUUGUGGUUACUGUGUUGAACUCUGGGUUUGAAGAUCUGGAAAGGUCAGUGUGUUGUGUCCUUGGGCAGAAUACUAAACUCUCUUAGGAACUUUCCCCACCCAGGAGAAUUGAUGGGUUUUGGCAAUUUGUCAGGGAAGCCUGAUGGUAUGCUGGGGAGUACACUGGUGAUGGAGUAUCAUCCCAUCAUGCCAGGGAAACUGGCACAAGCUCCUGUUGUCUGUGUGGUGCACAAUGGUGUCUUUGUGUUUUGAGACACAGACAAACAGUUAGACUGAAAGACAAAGAAACUGACAUGGGAAGAAUCAGGGAAUAUGAAUAAUUUGUCUGUAGGAUGAUUGGAACCAGGUGGUACUUACAUUUUUGCACAAUUAUAGGAGAACAGCAGGGUUGGGGCUAAAUUGCUGGGUUGCUCUUAUGAUAAGGAGAAACUGUAUGUAUGCACUAGUUCAUGUGACAAGCCAAACUUUGUGGAAAAAGAACUGACUCUACACUAUUUAUCUUUACACAGAUUUAGCCUUAAAUGAUUUUCGUCUUGAGCCAUUGGACAAUGUUGUUAGUGAAGGCGAUCUACAGCAACCAACUCUUAAUUGUGUUUGUUUUUUGACAGAUUUAACCUUAGAAGAUCUUCAUCUUGAGCCACUUGACAACACUGGUGGUGGAGGCGAUCUACUUCAAGGGAUGGAUCCACCUACCUACGAGGAAGCACUGUUACUUGCAACAGAUUGUCUUUCUAUUGCAUGUAAUAGUGACAGCAAUAAUUUGACAAGUCCUGAUGGAAGCCAACCUUCAUUAUCUCAAUCUCCUCCAAAGAAUCUGGAGCAUUUUUCUCCUAAAGCUCAAAUGGCCCCAUCACCGUAUCCAUCGCCAGCUGGUCACCCUUCGCCUCACAUGUCGCCAGGUGGCUUACCAACCCCAGACCCCUCUCCUGUUGGGCACUGUAAUCCUGCACCAGCAAGAGUCAAUAUUUCCUGGCAGGGGAUGGGUCAGAUGAAAGUAUCUAAGCCUCCACAAGCCCCUCCUCCUCAAAUGCAGUCAAAGUCAGCUCUGAUUUCCACCACAAUCAAGAAGAAAGAAAGACAUGAAAUGUAUGGUUCCAGCUGCAUAACAGGUCAGCAGCACCCAAACCCUAUGGUGAGUCCCAGAGGCAUGCAGCAUGGUGUACAAGGAAACUGGAUGCACCAGAAUCACCAGAAUCAAGUCCAGCAGGCUCCAAGGAACAUCCAACAACCACAACAACAACAACAACAACAACAACAACAACACCAAUAUCCAGAUUGGAAAAUGCAACAGCAUACAAUCCAGCAAAGUGCGAUGCAAAAUUUCGGUGGGCAGAGAACUGCAACAGUCAUGGGCACAGAAAAUGCAGUUUACGCAACAAACAUGCAAGGUGGAAAAUGGGACUUGAAUGUCCCCCCUUUGUUCGAGGACACUCUACCAACUCUUGAGUAUGAUGGAGGCCUAGGAUAUAUGAAGACUGCAUCACAGCAGAACAUGGUCGGCACAGGUCACUUACAACACCAUGGAUGGGAUCCCCAAGUAGACAUUUUAUCUCCACCAUAUCAAGAGGACUACCACUCAGGCUUUGGAUUUCAAGGAAAUCCACUUCCAGCAAAUUCCCAAGGUCAAACAACGCUGGGUUGGGGAUGA